ACAGCAACGGGACCCCUCAAUUCACUCACAAGAGUACCCAACAAUGCUCCUCCCCCUGAACCGGUGUCUUCGGUAUGCGCCGAGGACAUGCAUCUGCCAAUUCUCCACCACAUCCACAGCAUCCAGCAAGAUCGGGAAAUCUCCCGUAGUGAUCCCAGACACAGUAACACUCACCAAACUCCCUCCACCGAAACACAAGAAUCCCCGCGAAACACCUAUAGGCUCGCUGUACACCCUCCCCUCCCCUUCCCCCCAAUCGACCGCGCACAGAACUGUCCACCCAUCUAACCCAGCACGUCCAGCCAGGUAAAAGGCCCCCUGGGUAAACUAGACCUUAGUCUUCCGCCCUUCAUAACGAUCACGGAAACACCCAUCCCAUCAUCCACCUCCCGGCGUGCAACCGUCACAAUCGAGGACGCGAAGAUCCGCCAGCAGCGCGAGAUGUGGGGCACAUGGCGGGCAAACUUGCAGAAGCUGGUGCUUGGCGUGACGGAGGGUCACUCCGCCAUAUUGCGCCUGGUCGGGGUCGGAUACAGGGCCGCGGUCGAGGGUGGCGGAAGGCAGUUGCAGAUGCGAUUAGGUUUUAGUCAUCCUGUUGACAUGUCCGUGCCCGAGGGCGUCAAGUGCAGUGUGCCCACGCCUACCAGGAUUCUGCUGGAGGGGGUGGAUAAAACAAAGGUUAAUCAGUUUGCCGCGAAUAUCAGGGCGUGGAGGAUUCCCGAGCCGUAUAAGGGGAAGGUAUGUGCUCCUUUGGGUCGCUAGAGAGGAGGGGGAAGUUGGUGCCGGCUAACUGAGCCUGUGCAGGGCAUCUUUAUUGGCGAAGAGACGAUAAAGAUCAAGGUGAAGAAGGUUAAAUAGAUGUUUUAUGGUUGGAUAUCUCCACCGGUUCUCUUGAUCGUUUGGAAGUGGAUUGGUGGAAUGGGCUAUUCCUGGAAUCAUUGUAUAUUACACUCAAUAGAUGCUCCCGCCUACUCAACCACCC